CACAGAGUAUGAAUCAUGAACAACGUUUCAGGUUUAGGCUCUCUGGCACUGUGAAUCCUAUGUUCUGCUGGACUGACAGCUCGUUCGCCCUUGUCCUGGCAGUUCUUUUCAGCUGGUAGCGCGGCAGGCUGAACAAGACCGCCAGUCACCAUAGACCAACGACGAACAGACUGUUGUUCUCGUUGACAGUGGCAUUGUUUGCUACCACUGCGAAAUGAACUGCGAGAAUGUUCACCGUCAGUCUCCCAAUAAAUGCUUCUCUUCCUUGUUGUUAAUCCAGUUCUCUUCUUUCCUCCUCACCAACCUCACAACAUCUCGACCUUGGUCUUCACAUCAACUCACAACCAUUCACAACUAUUAACGACUACCAACAACUCGCAACCUCACCUCCAUACACCAAAUCAACUCACACAAAAAUCAUACCCCUCACAACCGACAACAUGUCUUCCUUUUCCACUGCCUAUCCCACUGAUGGUGAGGUGAUCGACAUUGGUGGUUCAUCCAUCAACCUCACCUUCGUGGACGACCAACUCCCCAAGGCCUUCCUUGGCAAGGGUGACUUCCCCAAGGAAGUCGCCUACACUUCCGGCAUGGAGAAGUGGAAUGCAAUUGCCGACAAGUCGUACCAGACUUCGGACGAGAUGGCUAUUAUCAAGGCUACUGCCAAGCAAGUUGUUCAGCAACUCAAGUCUGGAACUCACAUCAUCGAUCUCGGUGCUGCCAACAGCAAGAAGUUUGAACCUUAUGUUCACGAGUUCAUGUCCCAGGGCAAGGAGUGCGUCUAUGUCGCUCUUGACCUGUCUCACGCCUCUCUUGUCGAGCACAUCGCCAAGGCCAAGGCUACAUUCCCUGGCGUCAAGUGUAUUGGUCUUUGGGGCUCUUUCGAACAGGGCGACAUCUAUUUCAACAAGACCCGCCCUACUGCCCGCCUUUUCCUGUCUCUCGGCAGCAUCUUCUACAACGCCCCCGACUCUAUGGCCAAGGAUCGUUGUGUCGAGUUUAAGCUCCACAUGACCCCUGUCGAUCGUCUCAUUGUCGGCCAGGACGGUCCUACCGGCGCUGAAGCCAGCCAGACCCACGCUGCCUACAACACCGUCGAGUAUGACGCCUUUUUCACCACCUACAUCCAAGGUCUUCAAGAUCACGCUGGUAUUGUCGGUGCUAACCCCAAGACCGCUUGGACUGUUGAGAGCAAGCUCAACAAAGCGAUGCAUUACUUCGAUGUCACUGCCAACCACGAAAUGCAGUGCACCAAGUUCAGCAUAAACGUCCCCGCCGGCACUGUCUUCCAAAUGUUCAAGUCUUGGAAGCGUUAUGAGGCUGAGAUCCACGAGCUUACCAACGAGGUUGGUCUCAACAUCGAGACUCUUGGCAAGGCUGAGAAUUCGGGUAUGCGUCAAUACCUCAUCAAGACUGCUGAGAACUAAAUCCACUGCACGCGUGUGAUGUCUCCCUUCUGUCGUCGGUUUUUCGGAGUUUGGUAAAAGUUGUCUGAGCUUGGAAGUGCCAGACCGAGUGCGCGAGUAGACGGAAAAGUCCCCCACUCAUGGUUGUUUUUGUUUUUGUUUAUCUCUUGACUUGGUAGAGUCUUGGGAAGGAUUUGUCUGAGCUAAGAAUGCCGGACCCCCAGUGACGGAGAUCCUGGGAAUUGCGAUACACAGGACGGAAUAGAUUAGAUUUCUAGAUUAAGGAUACAUCGG